UGCCAAGGACUAAAUUCAAAAGUCCUACAAGUGCAGAGACUGAAGGCAAAUUAAACCUUCAAGGAGUGCCCGCCACGCUCCGAUUUUUCUAUAACUAGGCAUCCUAAGUCGGAGACAGGCGCCAAAGGAAUCUUAAAGAAGAAAAAACAGAGACAAAAAGGGUCAAAGCCAUGCCGACCCUUACAAAGCUUUAUACCAUGCAAGAAGCCUCUCAGCACAAUACCAAAGAUGAUUGUUGGAUCGUUAUAGACGGCAAGGUAUAUGAUGUUACUUCUUAUUUGGAUGAGCAUCCAGGAGGUGAUGAUGUAGUGCUCGAGUCAACAGGGAAAGAUGCAACCGAUGAUUUUGAAGAUGCUGGACACAGCAAAAGUGCAAAGGAGCUCCUGCAAAGCUUUUGCAUUGGUGAACUUGACACAUCCUCCCCUAUCAUCCCAGAACUUGAAAUUUCCUCUAAGAGGGAAGCCGUUAAGUACUCUGAGAAGCUCAUGGACUUGACAAAGCAAUAUUGGACCAUCCCCGUGGCAAUUGUUGGCAUCUCUGUGUUGGUUGGUUUCUUAUACCUGCAUAAGAAGUAAACCAGUAUAAUGUUUUCCCCUAUUGGCUGCUGAUAUGAAAUUGUUACCCCAAUUUUUGAAUAAUUAAAUUGAUAAUGAUUAAGAACAGUUACCAAAA